AUGAUCGUACGACUCCAUCUCAAUUGUGCAUACAUCCUUGUUCUGUCCAUACUUCUCCGAUCCUUCGUUUCUCAUUGCUUUCCAGAGGUUGUCAAAGACACGGCCAGUAACGCGGACGCCGGCGGCUACGCGAUCGAGGAUCAAGGCAACAAGGUGGAUCCAUCGAUAGAGCGGAUCUUCCGUGGAUCCGGCGUGGAACGUAGAAACUACGCGACCAACUCGAAGCGGAACAUCGAGGCGGUCUCGGACAAGACGACGAUCCGUACCGAGGACACGAGGAAGCGUCCCCGGAUAAAGCGGGGGGAGGAGGUGGUGGUUAAGAGGGGGGCUUCGAACGAAGGGGCGAAAAUCGAGGAGAAGCGUUCCGCUUCGAGCAAAGGGGCUGGGAAAGGAGCUGGCUCGAGAAUAGGCCGCUCAUCCUCGUCCAGGGACCUGCCCAAACUUCCGGUCAAGGAUUACGAGGUCCCCCUCGAGCAGGAGAGAUCGUCCGUGUACGGGGACGAGGCGGAGGAGGAGGUGGCCGGCUUUGGGGCGAGGAACAAGGAGGCGAGGUACAGGGGAGGGGGGGAGUACGGGGCGGGCGAGGAUUCGGCGAGAUUCAUCGAUCAGGAGGAGAGAUCCAGCCUUUACGAUGACUUCGAGGCGAAGGACGUGGUGAAGAGGGGUAUAUCCGGGGCGGAGGAUUACGAGGAGAUGGAGGAGGAGGGUGUGGAGGGGGGGAUGGACGACGGGGCGGCCUUCGACGAGAGCUCGAUCGACGAGGAGGUCGGGGGCGAGAAGAGAAAGUAUCGGGGGGGGGACGUGAGGGUGAAGAGGGAGCACGAGGCUUCGAGCUCGGGGAACGGGGGAGGCGGAGGCGGAGGCGGAAGCAGCAGCAGCAGCAACAACAACAACAACAACAGCAACAACAAGGAGGCGAUCGAGGGCGCGGAUAUCUCCGGGACGAAGAUGAACGGGGAGAGCGGGGAGGCGGAGCGCGCGGCGGAGGCGUCGUCUUCGUCGGCCGUCGAACAGAAGCCGAUGGACGCGUCCUUGAAGCGGGACGCGUCCGACAAGGGGGAGGCGAACAACAAGGGGGAGAGCAAUCAGUUGGGGCAAGCGAAGGAGGGGAAGGAGUCGAGCCAGCAAUCGAAGAGGAACGUGCUCGACAAGAACGAGAACGACGGGUCGUCCAAGUCCGGCUGCGACCGGGACACGGACAACGCGAAGAACGAGAAACCCCUCCUCUCCUCGAUGAACGAUCAGAAGGUGGAGAUGGAGAGCGACGAGGGCGCGAAGCUUCUCCAGAAUCAGGAGAGUCAAGAGGCGGUGGGGGGGGAGGCGGCUGGGGGGAAGACGCAGGAGAUCAACCUGUCGAACAACGAGAACAAGCCGAUCGGUAAUUUGAUCGGGGACUCGUUGGGCGUGAAGGGGGUGGACGCGUCGAAAACGGAGGAGUCGAAGAUCGCCGAUAUAGGGAAUCCGGAGACGUUGAAAGGUGGGGAUAUUCCCGCGAACGUGCCGGAAACGGCGGCCGUGGAGAACGCGAACGAGAAGUCGGAGUCGUCCCAGAAGGGGAGCGAGAGCGGGUCGGCCGAGCAGGUGGACGAGGAUUACCAGAAACGCGUGGAGGAGCAGAUCCAGAGGAAGAUAGACUCGAUCAAGGAGGAGAUAAAGAGGGAGAUAACGGAGAAUCAGCGUAUCAGGGAGAUAGAGGAGAACAACGCCAAGUUCGAGGAGUUGAGGGACGAGGAGGAGGAGGAGGAGGACGAGGAGGAGGACGAUCAGGAGAACGAGGCGACGAUCGACAAACGCGACACCGUGUCGAAGAGGUCGCCGGAAAAUUCUGGGGACAAGUCUCAGAUACGCGAGGAGAAACGUUUCGCGAUGGUGAGGCGAAAGAAGAGGCAGGGCGAGAACGGAGGCGGGAACGGCAACAACAACAACAACAACAGCAAUCAGGACAAGCAGGACGCGAACGAGUCGAGUUCGAGCAAGAAGACUCGGCAAGCGGCGACGAUGAAGAAACGAUCGGCGGCUAAACUGGAAGCGCAAGACCCGGAAAAGAUACCGAGGAAACGCGAGCGGCCACGCGAGGUGAUAUUGGUCGAAAGACCGGAUCGGAAAAAAAAGAGGAGACGAAGGGCUAAGAACACGGAACAACGUGGCGCAAAGCUGGAGGGUAAUCAACCAGCUGACUUUGUGCAGGACUCGAGCUUGCGCGGGAACCUCGGUGAUGGAAAGGUGAAAGGGGGAAAUUAAUCUGGUAUUGCGGAUGCUAUUAUUACGCUACUACGAGUGUCAUUAAACGAAUGGUUCCGAAUUGGCAGUCGAGCGUGGAUUCGAAGAUGACGGAAGAUGAGAAAGCGGUCGCGGAACGGAAUUCCCUGUCUGAAAAGAAAUCCGGUUCCGUGGCGUCGUUCGCAGGGAGUAACGAGGAGAUGGGCCCAUUGGCGACCGAAUACGGAGAUGCGUUCGGCGGUUUCAACAAUGAUCCUGGGGUGGCGCUAGCUAGAUUUAAACGAAUCAAACGAGUUCUUCGCCCUCCGG